AUGCAGGACGAGCUCUUGAAGGUCAGCAAGCGGCUCGACCAACUUGAACGCGAGAAGCAGCAGUUGGCGGAGAGCGGCCUCAACGUCCUGGCGCGCUGCUCAUCGAAAAGUCGCACAAGAUUGGCCAGCUCUUCGCCAAACGGUGCAACUCCUCAGCCAGUGCCGCCAGAAACAAGCCCUGCUGGCACGGAGACGGCAGCCGAUAUGGACAAGCAUCCAUGGCUUUUGGCGGAUGGUCGCUUGGUCACUGCACACCUACAAGGUGAGAAUCUGGCUCUGAAACGUGCCGUCAUGAAGGCGCGCCGGGAGAUCGAUGAGCUCCUGAAAGGAAGAGCAGAGACAGAGGCAAGAGCUCGGGCACUGAAAGAGGAAAACAGUGCUGCUGCGGAGGCACUGCGCCGCUACACGAGCACCUGGCUUCCUCAGGAUUGGCAGAAGCCCAAGCCGUCCACAGCGGCAUCAGCGGAAGUUGCUGGCGGCAAGCAUGAGACGCAAAGGAGCGUUGUGGCAGCACACGCCGAUAUGUCUUCAGGAGCUUCCGGAGGCGCCGAUGCAGUCCCAGAGGUUCCGGAGAUUGCCAGAGGAGCAGGUGCUUCUGGCGACCAUGCAGCUGGCCUGCAUCGGACACCGGUCAGCCGCAGCCUCGAUUUGCAAUCGAAUGAUGUCGGAAUGGAUUACCUGAUCAGCUGCGGCUUGCCUGUCCAUCAUCGCUGGAUGAUGCUUCGCAUGCCGUAUGAGGUUGCAGGACGUGGCUCGCAGUGUGACGACAAGCAGUUUUCUGAUGAGGUUCCUCAAGACCUGUCCGCUAUGCAAGACAGCGCAGCCAGUGUGGCAAAGUUGCAAACGCUUCCACCACAGCAACGAAGACUCCUGCUUUUCUUUGACGUAGAUGGAGUGCUCCAUCCUUUGCAGGUUCGAGUCCUCGAGCAGACACAAAAGGUGGACACGUCGCACUGCUUCCAAAGGACUUGUAUGCAGCAACUUCGCCGAGUUGUUCUCGAAACCGGGGCGCAGCUUAUCCUAAGCUCAUCUUGGCGCAAGUUCGAGUCGACGCGUGAGAUGCUCUUGGAGAACUUGGCCCAGCAUGGGCUUUCCUUUCGAGAAUGGACAACCGUGGCGGGCGGAGAGAGCAACGAUGCCCGUGUUGAUCAGAUCCUUACAUUUGUGACAGCUUCCGAUGUUGGAUCUUGGGCUGUUGUGGAUGAUGAGGAUUUGGCACCCAGCAGCACGCUUGGAUCGGAGGGCAUGAUGCGGAGUUUAUUUCGGCAGCAUUUCGUCCGCACCGAUGCGUCACAGGGCCUGGAUUCAGAUGCGGCUGACGCUCUCAUCAAGGUGUUAAACGACGAGUCAGAUGAGGACUGA